AUGAGUAUCAAAGAAACUACAAACAUCGAUGACUAUCAACUCGCCCAGCUGGGUCACUCCCAGUCCUUCAAGCGCAACUUCAGCCGCUGGACAAUGCUUGGUCUAGCCUUUGCAAUCCUCAACUCCUGGACCGCCCUCGCAGCAUCACUCUCCCUGGCCCUCCCUUCCGGUGGCCCAGUUGCAGUGAUCUGGGGUCUUGUCACGGCUGGUAUCUGCAAUCUAUCCCUCGCAGCCAGUCUUGCAGAAUUUCUGUCUGCACAGCCAACCUCCGGAGGGCAAUAUCAUUGGGUUGCUACCAUUGCGCCUGCUUCGCUUAAGAUUCCUCUGUCUUGGAUCACAGGAUGGAUAAAUCUUAGUGGUUGGGCUUGUCUUGUUGCGACGAAUUGUUCGUUGUCGAGUACCCUUAUUAUCAACAUUAUUUCGCUUCUUCAUCCCGAAUACGCGUUUCAGAGAUGGCAUCAAUUCUUGAUAUAUCUUGGCAUUGCGUUUGUUGCUUUUGCGACUAAUGCCUUCAUGCACUCGAUUUUGCCGAAGAUCAAUGGUUUAGCACUUGUAUGGAGCAUCGCUGGAUUCUUCAUCAUUUCAAUCACUGUGCUUGCUUGUGCAGCGCCCGAAUAUGCUACUGCCAAGUAUGUAUUUGCGACUUUCAUCAAUACCACCGGCUGGCCUGACGGUAUCGCUUGGCUUCUUGGACUUCUUCAAGGCGGUCUUGGUCUCACUGGAUUCGAUGCCGUUGCCCAUAUGAUCGAGGAAAUCCCGAACGCCGCCUUGGAAGGCCCAAAGAUCAUGCUGUACUGUCAAUACAUCGGCAUCUCAACCGGGUUCCUCUUCCUCAUUGUGGUACUCUUUGUCUCAGGCGGUAUCGACAAUGCGGAUAGAAUCAUUGGAUCUACUGCUGGGCCUUUACUUGAGAUCUUCUAUCUUGCGACAGACAGCAAAGUCGGGGCUAUCUGCCUCCUCAUGUUCCCUCUCCUCUGCCUGGUCUUUGCUGCGAUCGCCGUCAUGACAACUUCGUCGCGUAUGAUGUUUGCUUUUGCGAGAGAUGGUGGUCUCCCUGCGUCGCGUAUCUGGUGGAGGGUCCAUCCUACGCUCGGUGUUCCCAUGAACGCGCUUUACUUGAACGUCGUUAUUGUUAUCGUGUUUGGCUGCAUUUAUCUUGGCUCCACGGUCGCUUUCAACGCCAUUAUCGCGUCGUCUGUGGUAGCUCUGGGUCUCAGCUAUGGCAUUCCCAUUGCUCUGCAUGUUUGCACGGGACGAUCACGGUUGCCAGAGGGAGCUUUCAAGCUACCAAAUUGGCUUGGAUGGACGACCAAUAUUAUUGGACUGGUCUACACGAUUGUUACGACAGUGCUUUUCUUGUUCCCUCCUGCGCUACCUGUGGAUGGCACUACCAUGAAUUACUGUGUGGUUGCAUUUGGAGUCAUCAUUGUCAUUUCGCUUAUCCAGUGGAUUGUUGAUGGACGGAAGAACUUUGAGGGACCGAGAAUCACUAUUGGUGAGAGCGAAGUACCGGAGGCUGAUCACUGA